UUCAAUAUGUAUACUUCAACAUUUUGGAUAGCGUUGAUACUGCUUGAAAAUACUGGCAGCACGGCAUCGUUGUACUGCUACUCAUAUGAUAAAGCAGCUGAUGACUGGUUUUUGCGAGCAAUACCACUGGAUAGUAAAUGCUAUUCUCUUUCGGAGUUACAAAGUCGAAUAAAUUGUAGCAUUGCAAGUUUCGAGAAUGGUUGUUUCAUGGAUCCUAAUUACAACAGCUAUAAAAGAAGUUCAGCAAAACUUCCAGUUUGUAUCUGCUCAGGUAGCUUCUGCAACACACAGGAUAACAUAGAAAGUAUUUGGUUGCAGCAAAAUAUUUAUACGUUGCAUGAAGGAGAAGAUUGUGAUGGAAAAAAGACAACAUCAUCUUUACAAGUAAGCGGAGAAAAAUCUACUACGGUAAGUGGAAAAUCUGCCACUAGCACUGAAAAUGGAAACGAAACUAAAAUUAAAAACAAAAUUACCAUAAAUGGAACAUCAACCACCACUAUCAGCACUACUAGCAGCACUGAAGACGAAACAAGUCUGUUGACAGAAUCUCUUCAUCAAACCGCAGCAGAACAUAGUUUGGAUUUUACUGAAACUUUAUCAACUGAUGCUGAAUCUGCAACAGCUGUUAAUAAUAUCUCUUUAUCAGACACAGAUUGA